AUGGACACCAAACUCCUAACAAUCGGAACGCUAGUAAGCAGCCUCAAUUCUCCCUCUGACCAAACCCGCCUCGCCGCACUCCGCCACCUCCGCCUCAAUUCAAACCAAGACCCCGCCACCCGCCCCCUCAUCGCCGCUGCAGGGGCCGUCCCCCUCCUGGCCGCCGCCCUCUACUCCCCCUCUCACCCCAUCCAAGAACACGCCGCCGCCACACUCCUCAACCUCUCCAUCUCCGACCGCAACCCCCUCGUCUCCUGCUCCACCCUCCUCCACGCCCUCUCCCACCUCCUCUCCCGCCACAGCUCCUCCUCCUCCGCCUCUGCCGUCCAGUCCUCCGCCGCCACUCUCCACAGCCUUCUCGUCGUCGUCCCCGAGUACCGCCUCAUCGUCGGGGCCAAUCACGACGUCCUUCGAGCCCUCCUCGGCGUGAUGAGCUCUCUGGGCUCGCCGACGAGAUCCCUGAAGGACGCCCUCAGAGCGUCCUUUGGCGUGGCGCUACACCCGCCGAACCGGACCGUUAUGGUCCGGCUGGGCGUAGUUUCGGCGCUAUUCGACCUCGUAAAGAGGGCGAAGAAAAUUGGCAUAAUUGAGGAUGUAACUGCGGUGAUUGCGCAAAUCGCGGGGUGCGAGGAGAGCGAAAAGGAGUUUGAGAAGGUUUUGGGGGUUUCUGUGUUGUUGGGGAUGUUGGGUUCGGAAAGUGGGAAUUGCAGUUUGAGGACAAUGGAGAAUGCAGUUUCGGGUUUGUUGAAUUUGGUUCGGUUUGGGGGAGAGAAGGUUGUUGGCGAGGUUAGAGAUAAGGUUGGGGCUUUGGAUGGGAUUGUGUACGUGCAAGAACAUGGUAGCGCUAAAGGCAAGAGCAAAGCCGUGGCGUUGUUGAAGUUUUUGCUUGAUGGUCGAAGCAAUAAUCAAAUUGAAGACUUGUAUCCCGUUCAGUUUGACUCCGGUUCAAGUUCCAGUGGGUAA